AAUGAUGUUUUCUAUAUUUAUAAGAAUAUAGUAAAAAUACAUUAAAUAUCACUUUUAAUUAUCAAUAUACCUCAUUUUAAUGUGUUUAAAAACAUUGGAAAUUUACUAUUUACUAAAUGGUAGUGAAUCAUGAAAAAGUUAAAAACAUACCAAAACAUUAUAUUCAUAUUAAAAAUUUAGAAAAUAGAGAUAUAUAUUUCAUAUCUAGUUUUAGAUAUCUAAUAGAUAAAAUCAAUCCAAUGAAAGAUAUUCCUCAUUAUUAUUUCCAAGAUUAUCCACAAAUAGCAUCUAAUGUUUCUAGUAAAAAUAGAACAAGGUAUAAAAGAGGUUCAGAGAAAUUACAUGUAUAUGUAAAUGAUGAUUUGUUUUCUAAAAUGUAUCCUGAGUUAGUGAUAGAUAUUAAAUGUGAGCAUAAUGGUGACACUACAAACAUUCAAAAAUAUAAUUCUAAAUUGAAAGAAGUCAAGGAGUCUAUGUUGAAUCAAAUAAAAGAUGAGGUUCGAGGGUCUACAUUGGAUCGAGAUGAGAUAGAUGUUAAAUAUAAUGUUAUAGAUGAGAAUAUAGUAAAUCACACAGUAGAACCUACUAUAAUUUAAAAUCUUAAGAAACAUAUUGUUAAAACCACAAAGGGAUUCUCAGAAAAUAUUCCGAAAGAAAAACCAAAUAUCAAAAAGACAUCUAAGGAAUGCAAUUGGAGAGCUGAAGUAGAAGAGAAUAGAACAGAACAAGAUAAGUUUUUUAGAAAUAUUUAUGGCCUAUCUUAAUUUUCUCUUUUAAUAAAUAUGAAUACAAAUAGAAAGAAUAAUAAUAUACACACUAUAACAUCUGUUAAAUCAGAAAUAAGUAAACAGAUAAAAGAUUUAGUUGUAUCUUCUAUGAAUACUAUUCAAUCUGAUUCUGAGAUUUUUUCAUUUAUAUCAGAAUCAUUGAACAAGCAUGGUAAUAGUGUUGCUUGUAAAAAGGCAAAAGAAAUACAAUCAAUGAUAAAUUUGUUAAUGAAACAAAUAAUAGAUCAUUCAGAAGAAGAUAAUAUUCUUUUAUCUUCAUUAAAAACAUUAGUAGAUAAAUUAGAAUCAAUUUCAAUUCAAAACAUUUCCUUAGAAGAUGUUGUCAAUAGAUUAUCCGAAUCUUAUAAAAAACUUCUUGUGAGAGUUGCGGAGCUUGAAUCUGAAUUAGCAUAUGAGAAAGAAAAGAAUCUAGAAUUACAAGAAACUAUUAAUAAAUCAUCUUCAGCCGAUUCUAAAUUGUAUCAAGAAAAAUUAAAUAAACUUAAUAUUGCUAGAAAUGCUAGAAAGAAUAAUGAAAUAAAUAAGAUUGAAUCUAUUAUAAAUAAAAAGAAUAUGGAUAUUAUCAAAAGUUUGUAUUAACAACUU